AUGGUAUGGGGUAUAAGAUGGACGAGAGAUGAUGAGGAUGAGCCAGUUGAUGUUCAGGCACCAUCUACACCGGUUCAAGAUGACGUGCAUAUGGUGGUAGAGGCAGAUUUUCUCCAUCUGGUAGAUGUGCCUUAUCCUUCUGAUGUAGAGGCAACAACUACUAUAGAGAUUACUCUCGAGACAAUUAUUGAUGCACAUACUUCACAUACGGAUGUUGAGGUGCCACCUACUGAUGAUGUGGAAGUUACUACACCUGUUGAGACAUAUGUCACUACUCAUACUUCGACAGACCCGUUUGUACACAUAAAUAGGAGGUUUCCUGGCAAGAACAUCUUACUCACGAAGUCAAACCUGGAGAAAAAGUAUGAGACUUAA